CGCCCGCUCCCCUCAUCGCCGCCCUCGUCGCCCCCCGUGGCCGGACCGCCGAUGCGCGCCGUGGCGUUGAUGGCCGCGCUGGCCGCGCUGGCAGCCUGCCGGCCUGUCGCCGCCUCCUCGCCCAACUCCACGGAGCCGGAGCGGCACGGGGGACCUGUCCAGCGGGAGCCCGAGGUCCGGGAGGGUGAGGCCGUGCCGGGUCCCGACUACGAGGAGGAUGAGGAGUACGAGGAGGCGCCGCCCGUGCACCAGUACCUCGUGGACGACUUGAUCCGAGUUGAACCCGUGGUUAAACCCAAGCCAACAAAGAGGGGGGGUGAGAAGAAUGCCGGCAAAGCCAGAAGGAAGAAAAACAAAGGGAAAAACAAAAAGAAAGGGACUCCCUGUGAAAUGGAAUACAAAAACUUUUGCAUCCAUGGGGAAUGCAUAUACCUAGAGCAUCUGCAGAUGGUGACCUGCAAGUGUCAUCAGGACUUCUUCGGUGAGCGCUGCGGGGAGCAGUUCAUGAAGACUCAGAGGAAGAACGAUGUGGCAGAUUACUCGAAGACUGUGCUGGUGGUGGUGGCUGUCCUGCUCUCCAGCAUCAGCUUCAUUACUGUGCUUAUCAUUGUGAUAGUGCAGGUCAGGAAAAAGUGUCCUCAGUAUGAAGAGAAGGAAGAAAGGAAAAAACUUCGACAAGAGACUAGAAAUGGCCAUGUUGGUGUGUAAAUGAGGAGAAAGCAGAGCAGUUCUGAUGUGGCCACUGCCAAGCUGCAGGGUACCUCUGGCUACCUGACAUCCACCUGGACACCGUGGGCUGGAGCUGCUGCCACUAAGCCCAGACUGAUGGAGACAGAGGCUGCUGCAAGGAGAUGUCAACGUGCCGCUUGCUGCUGGAUCGCUUGCUGGGGAGGACAGUUCCCGCUGGUCUUGGCACAGUGAUGUGGAAGGAGCUGCCACUAUGGCUGGGGGCCCUGCUGCCAACCCCUGCUGGAGACUGCUGCUGCUGAGCCCUCUCUGUGCUGGAGCUCCAGUCCCUGCUGUUGUGUGGAUGGACUUUCUUCUGUUAGCAAGUCUCCUUUGGCAGCUCUCGCUCGGAGAGCUUGUCGCAGCUUUCAGGAAUGGAUGGCAGGGAGAAAAUUCCCUUCCUGCUCCCAGAGUGAAGACUGGAAGAGCUCUGGAUUGCUUCUCUCCCCAGAUCUCAGUGGAUGAAAAACCUAAUUGUGCUGUCACUGUGCUCCCUGUUGAUAUCAGCUUCCAAGAGCUUCAUCUCCAGUUCUGACUUGCAGGGCGUUGGUGACAGAUCUUUGUCAGCCACACCUGGGCUCUGUUCCUGUGUGCGUGGAAGGUGUUCAGCAGGACUCGCUGUGUGAGUGGGGCUGUCCUUUGUGUGUGUGCUAGCCCAAGCUAAAGUUAGGCUCCUCAGGAUGCUGAGACAGCAAAGGCAAGGUCUGAAGGAAAAGACACAGCUCAGCCACGCUGAAAAGCCUGGACCCAUCUGUUAUAAACACAAAGCUACUUCUGUUACCCAGGUCCUUGAUGCUGCUUUAAGCAGCACUUAAAGUACAAAAUGCUUCCCAUCAGCUUUAGUCAGCUGAACUUGACCAACCACCUGUUCCCUGGAAGAACCCAGCUGAUGCACUGACACUCUGCAGGCAGUGGUCUCUCGUGCUCUACCUUCUGGUGCAAAAACCUCAACUUACCUCAAACUUUCCUGACCCAAGUGUCCUUGGUUUCUUGAACUGUCCAUGCAGCCUUGAGCACAGAGUAUUAUUUGAGUUCAGUUUCUUCUUGGAAGAGUGAAUGUGUUCUGUGUAAACAGAGCAGAAUUCUUCUGGUAGCAGAGAAAAACACCAUUAAUUGUCAAGUCCUCUCUGUAAAUGUGUAAAUAUUUAUUACUGUAUUUAAUAUUUAAUGUUUCCAUAACAAACUUAUUUAUUUUAUAAUUAAA